CUCGUUCCUUCAGGGUGUCGGCUCUGACCCCCACACUGCCUUGGCUCUACCUCCUGACUCCAAGUUGGCCAAAGAGAAAGAAGAGCAGCUGUUCCUGCUCCCGGGCUCUGAAGGGACCGUCAUUGGGAUAGUUAGGAACAUAUUGAGGAAAUGGAAGACCACAGUGAGAACAGUCAGAGUCAACCCACAGACCAGCGCCAAAGACCUACAACAUCAUCUUGCUGCAGAUGGAGUCACUGUGCAUCGUUCAACUAUUCCGCGCACUUUACACAAGGAGAUGCUGCAUGUGAGAGUGAUACAGAAUAAGAUUGAGAAUGGGGAAGUCUACAAGAGAAAAAGAGGACCUAAUUCUACCCAGUUCGAAGAACAGGAAACAGGAAGUAAACAGCACGAAGCAAUUGGCCCGAUGGGCAGCAGUUGGCGCCGAAUUCUCCUCCUCAUACUUGCCAUCACUAUUCAUAACAUCCCAGAGGGCCUGGCUGUAGGAGUCGGUUUUGGAGCCAUAGGGAAGACGACAUCUGCUACUUUUGAGAGCGCCAGAAAUUUGGCUAUUGGAAUUGGCAUCCAGAAUUUCCCAGAAGGCUUAGCAGUGAGCCUGCCUCUGCGAGGCUCAGGGGUCUCAGUGUGGAAGGCCUUCUGGUACGGCCAGCUCAGCGGCAUGGUAGAACCCAUAGCUGGCCUCCUGGGAGCUAGCGCUGUUGUUCUGGCAGAACCUCUGCUGCCGUACGCUCUAGCGUUUGCAGCCGGGGCCAUGGUCUACGUGGUGGUGGAUGACAUCAUCCCUGAGGCUCAAGUCAGUGGAAACGGGAGGCUGGCGUCCUGGACCUCCAUCCUGGGCUUCAUUGUAAUGAUGUCACUAGAUGUGGGGCUGGGCUGAGGUUGCCAUGGCGACGGAUGGACCUUCCACUGACCUGUUUUUAAAAACGUGACCAAAGGCAGUGUUUUCUACUUGAAUAUGCAAUGAAAUGUCUGAAUUACCGCUACUUGAAUUUCACCUGUGAGAAGCACACGUGUUCCUGAAAUCCUGAGGAUGGCUGUACUUGAACACAUACCUGCUCCUUAUGCCCAUCCUUUUCUAAGAGAAGCUCACAGCCUUCAUUUAAAUGUCUGAUAUUUAUUUUAGAUAUUUAAUGAUCCUUCCGACUCCUGAGCUGGUGAAUAGUUUUCAGACUUUUGUGAUGUUUCGGUCAUUUUGGGGGAAAAGUAAAUAAAAGUAAUUUCCACUUAUCAAA